CAAAAGGAAGCGUUCAAACAAAGUCACUCACUCUCUCUCUUCAGUUUCUCAAGGCCAUGGAACAUCAUGAAGGUCUAGCCUUGCAAAUGUGAAGGUGUUUUUUUUCCACUCUCUCUCUCUACAAUUCUUUCUGAAUCAGAGAUGCCUCUGAGAUCUGUCGAUGGACAGGGAGGCUAACCUGCCCGGCUCGCUAUCUCCAUCACCAUCCACGAAGAGCAAUCUCGUCCGUCCGGUCAACCCCGACUCCAAUCUCUCCCGUUCCUUCACCUCAACAUCCUCGUCUUCUUCGUCCCUUUCUUCAUCUUCUACCUCAGGCUUCGUCCGGAAUGUUCAAGCUGCCUUUAAGCGCCACCGUCCUCUCAACACAAUGCAGUCGAAUAACCUUAGGCCAAGGCGUUUAUUGGUUCCUCAAAGAGAAACAUCAAAAAUCACAACAUCAAAUCCGGGUCCUGCACUUGACCUCACGAAGACCCAAGAUGAGCUUUUUGGGAGUCAAGGUCUUAGAGUUGGGGAUUACAAUUCACAGGCAGUGAAUACAGUUCCUGUUGUAAACGAAAAUCAAGUAGACUCGUCAAUCACACCACCUUCGAUGACUGGCACCGUUACAAAUACACAUGAAGAAAGUAUUAAACCUUUUGAUGUUCAGAGAGAUCAACCCAGAUCAUUUGUUGAUUACAAAAGCAAUGAUAUAGAUGCUUCAUCGCUUGUAGAACCUCAACACGUUCCUUUGGUUGAUAGUCAGAAGAAGAUCCAGUUUUCAUUGGGAAAUAAUGGCAGACCUUGUGGGGCUGACGAUCAAAUGGCCACUGAAACAGACAACUUAUUAUCUUAUAUGGGUUCACUUGCAUUGACAGAAAUGGAAUGUAAUGUGAGCAAUCAACUAGAGGCUGUAACUAAUAUCAGUAAUGGCUUGAAGCAUCAGAAUUUUCACAACGUAGAAGUGGAUAAUAGUUUGAGGUCAGGUGGAGCAAAUUCUUCUUUGUUUGCGAAGAAAACAAUGGAACUUCAGGAUCGGUUGCAUCAAUUCAGAAACUUUUUACAUGGUGACUUGUGCCACCACAUGACUCAAUCUUCAGUUGUUGGGUCAUCUUGCGCUACAACAACAUUAGUCAAUUCAGCUUCUGCUCCCAUGCCUAAUUCAAUGACCCACUGUUCCCAUCCUCACCAAAAUAGCAGUUCUAAUAUGGCCGUAGAAUCUUUGGGAGAAUGCAAUGUGAAUUUUCAACCCAUGACAGGAGGAAAUAUGGUGCAACCUUCUUGUCCUUCAUCUAAGUGCACCAGCAGAAUGUCACCUGACCAGACAGCCAUUGAAACCCAAGCUCCUUGCUAUACUGUUGACACCAGGGUGGGAGUUAAGGAUGACUUGGUCAAGGAGCUUCAAGGCAAUGGACCGAAGGAAGGUGACUUCAGAAAAGAUCCUUCCCCCCUAGAUGACAACUCAAACAAAGGGAAAGGACUUGCAAGUGAUGUUCCUGUCUUAAAAUCUCAGUCUCCCUUGUCCAAAAACCUAUCUUCAGAAGUGAAGGUGGAACCUUCUAAAUUAGAAAAACAAGAAAAAGCUGCAAGUGGUAAAGCAGCAUCUCGUAAAAAAAAUUAUGAUCCUGACUUGUUUUUCAAAGUUAACGGGCAGCUCUAUCAAAGGCUUGGGAAGAUAGGUAGUGGGGGAAGUAGUGAGGUCCACAAAGUCAUUUCAUCAGAUUGCACUAUCUAUGCCUUGAAGAAAAUCAAGCUUAAAGGCCGCGAUUAUGCCACUGCAUUUGGGUUUUGUCAGGAGAUUGAGUACCUAAACAAGUUGAAGGGAAAGAACAACAUUAUACAACUUAUUGACUAUGAGGUGACAGAUAAGGCUUUGCUCCAAGAGGUGAUGAAUGGUUCUAUAAUUAACAAAGAUGCCAAAGUCAAGGAAGAUGGAUAUAUAUACAUGGUGCUUGAAUAUGGAGAAAUUGAUUUGGCUCACAUGUUGUCCCAGAAAUGGAAGGAAAUGGAUAGCACUAAUUUGACUAUAGAUGAGAAUUGGCUUCGGUUUUACUGGCAGCAAAUACUUCUUGCUGUCAAAAUCAUACAUGAGGAACGUAUUGUGCACUCAGACUUAAAGCCGGCUAAUUUUCUUCUUGUCAGAGGCUCACUGAAGCUAAUAGAUUUUGGUAUUGCCAAAGCUAUAUUGAAUGACACAACUAACAUUCAAAGAGAUUCACAGGUGGGUACAUUGAGUUACAUGUCUCCUGAAGCAUUCAUGUGCAAUGAAACAGAUGCAGAUGGAAACACCAUAAAAUGUGGUCGUCCAUCAGAUAUCUGGUCACUCGGUUGCAUCCUUUACCAAAUGGUAUAUGGAAGAACGCCCUUUUCAGAAUUCAAGACUUUCUGGGCCAAGUUCAAAGUCAUCACCGACCCAAACCGCAAAAUUACAUACGAACCAGUUUCAAAUCCAUGGCUUCUUGAUCUUAUGAGGAAGUGUCUUGCGUGGGAACGGAAUGAACGGUGGAGGAUUCCUCAGUUACUUCAACACCCUUUUCUGGUUCCCCCGAUCCCAUCCCAAUUAUCUUCUUCCCAUCAAGACCAAAGCUGUAAAUUGCUUCAGUUGAUUGCUGAAUCUUGUGAGAACAACCAGAAAGGUUUGAUGCUAUGUAGUGAGCUCCAGGAGUUAUUGAGGGAUCCCAGACCAGCAAUGGUAUCUCAGGUAUCAAUAUCACGAGAAGAACAACGUAACUUGCUCAGUAAAAUGUCAAAUAUUUGCUUUCAACUCCAAGAACAGUUAGCAGGCUAAGCAACAGAUUUGAUCAAAAUAAGAUAGAUCAGUUAAUCAGUUUCUUCCAUGCCAUUUGUAGUGUUUCCUGUAAUUUCUUGGAUUAACAUUCAUUGUGUGUAAGUUUUAUUUGAAAGGAAUUUUCUUUUAUUUA